GGCGGCGGGAGGGAUGGAGCGGGGCGGGGGAUGCGGAGCGGCGCGGAGACGGCCGCGGCGCUGCAGAGCGGCUGGGGCGGCGGCGCGGCUCCCGGCGCUCCCCCCGGCGCCCGCCCCGACCCGGUGAGGGCCCGGCCGCGAGGCCCCGGAGCCAUGGGCUGCAUCGGCUCCCGGACCGUGGGGAACGAGGUGAUCGCGGUGGACUGGAAGGGCCUGAAGGAUGUGGAGCAGAUCAACAUGGACAGCACCAGCUCCCUGCACGGCAGCAGCCUGCACCGGACGUCCACCGAGCAAACCAGAACCGACUUCUCCUGGGACGGUAUCAAUCUCUCCAUGGAGGACACCACUUCCAUUCUCCCGAAGCUCAAGCGCAACUCAAAUGCCUACGGCAUUGGGGCCCUGGCCAAGUCUUCAUUCUCAGGGAUCUCACGAAGCAUGAAGGACCACGUGACCAAGCCCACGGCGAUGGGCCAGGGCCGGGUGGCCCACAUGAUAGAGUGGCAAGGAUGGGGCAAGGCUCCGGCCAUCCAGCCUCAGCACAGCCACGAGGCCGUGCGCCGGGACACCGACGCCUACUCCGACCUCAGCGACGGCGAGAAGGAGGCGCGCUUCCUCGCAGGCGUCAUGGAGCAGUUUGCCAUCUCCGAGGCCACCCUCAUGGCUUGGUCGUCCAUGGACGGUGAGGACCUGAGUGUCAAUUCCGCCCAGGAGCCUUUGGGUUGCAACUACAGCGACAACUACCAGGAGCUGAUGGAGAGUCAGGAGGCCCUGGCGCAAGGCCCCCUGGACGGAUGGCCGCACUCCUACGUGUCCCAGGGCAUGUACUGCCUGGGGUCGUCGGACGCCUGGGAAGCGAGUGACCAGUCCCUCAUUGCCUCUCCAGCCACUGGGUCCUACCUUGGCCCCGCCUUCGGCGACUCCCAGCCCAGCUUGCACGAGAUGGCGCCUUCCCAGCCGCCUCUGGGAUACUCGACUCAGGAGCCCCCGCCUUUCCUGGUGGGGGACACUGACUGGGCACCGGGGGUGGGCGCAGUGGACCUGGCCAGGGGCCAGGACGAGGAGGAGAAGAGGCCGCUGGCGCCCGAGGAGGAGGAGGACGCGGGGUGCCGGGACCUGGAGUCGCUCUCGCCCCGGGAAGAGCCGGAGGUGUCCACGGCGCUCAGCCGGAAGGUGUCCGACGUCACGUCCUCAGGGGUGCAGUCCUUCGAUGAGGAGGAGGGCGAGGGCAACAACUGAGGCCACCCCGGCCUCUUCCCGCAGAGGGAAGCGAGCCCCAGCCGGCCCAGAGGGGCCGCCCGUGAACUUGGCUGGGCUGCAGGCCUGGGCGGGCUCCGGCGUGGAUCACAGCCCCCCGUCUCGUCUCGUCUCGUCUCGGGGACUGUCUUCAGGAGCCUGGCAACGCCUCCUUCCUCCGCGCCACUCGCUUUGCCUGACUCUGGGGCCCGCCGUGGCUCCUUCCCACUGGCAGGAACCUUGGGCCAGGGGGGGAUCUGGAGAGGCCACGAGCCUUGGGGGGCAGGGGGCGCCUGCGCUGGCGGUGGAGCAGGGAUGCUGCCCGCGCGGGCCUGCCCCGAGACACCGGUGUCCCCACUGAGAGCCGGAACCAACACGGCCACUCAGAGGAUCCGGGGACCCGGGCCAGCCGGGGCUGGAGCUGCAGCUCUCGCUUCGUCUUCCUGCCUCCUUCCCUCCCCUGCUCUGGAGCCCCAGCCCUGGGGGGCGGCAGGGGUGGGAGGUGGGGGGGAGAAUGCAGAAGGCAGGGGGGAAUGAAGGCGGCCUCUCCCUCCACACCCUCGCCCCCCCCCCUGACUCUCUGGAGCUGUUUACACUUUUCUCUUUGCCUUUUCUACAUUUUUAUACCUUCUUGGGGACUCAGGGUGGAGUGGGGGUGCUGCCAGCCCUGGGCGGGGUGGGUGUCUGCAGAGGGGCGCGACCACUCUCUCCCUUUGUCCUUCUUCAGCUCCUCCCGGGAGGCACCCGCCCAGACCUACCUUCCCGGGGAGCUGAGGGGGCUUCCUUCCAGGGCCGGCCUGUACAACACUAGCUCCUACCGCCGCGUGUGGCCCACCCCAGGCCCCCAACCUGGUCUCCAUUCUUGCAGCACGAGGCCUCAGCUUCCACCCUCCCCCCGUCCCCCACCCACCCGGCUGUGAUGGCCACGGCUGGCCAGAACUCUGCCCUUCUGCCCCUCCCCCUGGCAGGGCGCAGGAGAGAGAAGCCAAGAGUUGUACGGGAUCACCUGCGGGCCCCCUAAUUUCCUGAGCCUGAUUAAGGCUCUGAGGCCCCCUGCCCCUCCCCGCCUCCAUCCCCUGCAGAGAAGAAGGCGCUGUCUGUCCCCUGACCCCCAACACGGUGGGCACAGACCAGCCCCAGGCUCUGGACUGGAACUGAUAGAUUGAGGAGGUUGAGGGAGUAGAACUGUCCUGUCUCUCUGUAUGCCUGCCCCCACCCCACACAUGCACACACACACAUGCACACACGCACAUACUCGUGCACACACAUGCAUACACACGUAUGCACAUGCACACACACAUGCAUUCACAUGCACACACACAUGCAUACGCACAUGCAUACACGCACGCGCGCGCGCGCACACACAAACACACAGACUCUAGAUCACACUUUCCUACCCACACGCUCUGAAACGCUCCCGAGCCCGGGUGCCAGCUCUUUCCUGGGCGGGAGCUCGGAGCACAGCGCUGGAGUCCCUUAGCUGCCCCCGGGCCGCCCGGAGCCUGACCUCAGGGGUGGGGACACUGGGAAAGGGUCUGGCCUGGCCACAGGCUCUCUCUGCCCCCAGGGUCUCCCCGUCUCUGUGCCUGCUGACUGGUGACGCUGGUCUCUCUGAGCCUCCCCUUCGCCUGAGUCUCGGCCCCUCGGUGCCCUGGACCCCACACCACGCGCCCUGUGAGGACGGUCACUGGUUCCCGGGCCCUUUGCCGCUCUGGUGCGCCCCUCCCCCACCCAGCCCCCUCCCCAGGAAGCCCAGGGCCCUGCAGAAGUGACAACAACGGCCAGCUUGGAGGAAUCCAGAGCCCAGGAUGCUCAGAGCAGAGGCCCGGCGGGGGCUGGGGCCCGUGGGGUCUGACCCGGGCCCCUCCUAGAACCUUCCUGCAGGCUGGGGUGGGGGCGGCUGCAUGGGGUUUGCCUACAGCCUAUUCCCGGGGGAGGGGCAUGUGCAGAAAGGAGUGGGGGUGGGGGGUCACUGUUCCUUUGGGGUCUCAGGCUGUGCCGCAUGUUUUCACAGCAGCCGCAGAGCUCCGCUGGUUUUCUGUCCCUGUGAAGGAAAUGCUCUCGCCCCCACGACCUCCUUCGGGCGGGGCGGGGGGUGCGCUUUCAUUUUCAAGUCACUUUAUUAAAGGAAAAUGCAAAUCUGC